UGUAUACUGCCUAUAACCUUAAUUUAUAUCAACACACGUGGAAUGUUGGAAGUUUAAAAUUGAACUUCUUUCAUGUUAAAUAGUGCUGAGAAGUGUGAAAGUGUAUAAGUGGUAAAUACCUAAUAUAAAAUGAAGAAAAAUAUCCACCGUUACUAAACUUAUCCGACAUAUUUACGAAUGAGCUUCGGAAGUAAUAACUUCGGAAGCGAAUCCAUCCGAAAGUAUCGAAUUCACGCGAUACCAGAAAAGAUUCGUGCGUACGCAGCAAACAGGUCUUAUCAGAAAAAUGAAUUCGCGAGCGUUGUUUCGUCCGCUAUGCUUCGUUUCGAAUUUCCGCUCUUUCUCCGAGAAACCGGCAUUCACGUCGGACAGAUACAAUGUAAAAAGAGGUCCAUAUGCGAAUAUCACCAAUGCCAACGUGACAUUUUUCAAUGAGCUGCUCGGUCGAAAUAGAGUGAUCAAAGAUGCUGCGGAAUGCGAGGGAUACAAUAUAGAUUAUUCGAAGAUCGUCCGAGGAAAAAGCAAUCUUGUGUUGAAACCGAAAACCACUGAGGAAGUGUCUGCUAUAUUGAAAUAUUGCAACGAAAAUCGUUUGGCCGUGUGUCCUCAAAGCGGAAACACAGGUCUUGUAGGCGGCAGCGUGCCGGUUUUCGACGAGAUCGUUGUCUCCAUGAAGCUUAUGAAUAAAAUUAUCGAAACGAAUGAAUUGGCAGGGGUGUUGACCUGCGAAGCGGGCUGCGUGCUCGAGGAUUUGGAUAAUCAUUUAGCGUUAGUGAACUUGAUGAUGCCGAUUGAUCUGGGCGCCAAAGGUAGUUGUCUGAUCGGCGGUUGUGUCUCAACUAAUGCCGGUGGUCUUAGGCUCCUUCGUUAUGGAAAUCUUCAUGGAAACGUACUGGGUCUCGAGGCUGUACGAGCGAACGGGGACGUGGUGGAUUGCCUGAAUAUAUUGAAGAAGAACAACACAGGUUACCAUCUAAAGCACCUUUUCAUCGGGUCCGAGGGAACGCUGGGGAUCGUUACGAAAGUCGCUAUACAAUGUCCGUCUCUUCCUAGAGCUAUCAAUGUCGCGUUCUUAGGCUUAAAUAGUUUCGAUAAAGUCCUUAAGGCACUUCAGUUAGCAAAAAAAGAGUUGGGAGAGAUCUUGUCUUCAUUCGAGAUGAUGGACAAGUUGUCAUUGGAUGUUUCUAUCGAAGCAUUCAAUCUGAGGAGUCCUCUGACGUCGAAAAGUGACGGUCAUGAGUUCUACGUAUUGAUGGAAACCUCCGGUAGCAAUGUCGAUCACGACGAGGAAAAGCUCACUUCUUUCGUGGAGAAGGCGCUCGCUGAUGACAUAAUCGAGGAUGGAACAUUGACUUCGGAUCCUACGAAAGUUAAAAAUAUAUGGGCGUUGAGGGAACACAUCAGUGAAGGGAUAUUAAAGGAGGGAUAUGUUUUUAAAUAUGACGUUUCUAUACCGGUUCCAUCUUUUUACAAAGUAAUCGAGGUUCUCAGAGAACGAGUUCGUGAUCCACGCGUUAUCAGAAUCAGUGGCUAUGGACAUCUAGGGGACGGAAAUAUUCACGUGCAGGUUUCUAUACCGUCGUAUGAACCAGAGAUCGCUUCACAACUGCAACCGUUCAUUUACGAAUAUGUGUCCAGUCUUCACGGCAGCGUGAGCGCCGAGCACGGCAUUGGAUUUACGAAAACGAAAUAUUUACAUAUGAGCAGAACUCCGUCCGAGAUUAAGCUCAUGCAGGAAUUAAAAAAGGUGAUGGACCCAAAUGGCAUACUCAAUCCAUACAAAGUUUUGUAUCCGCUGAACACCUGUGCAUAACGAUGGACGGAUGUCAGAAAAGUGUAUAAUCGAACCAUUCCAACAGUUACGUUAAAUGCAACGAUAUGGUAUUAAAUGUAAAAUAUGUACAGUAAACAUUAAAUGAAAAAAAAAUCAAUAGGACUUAUAACAGAUUAA